GCACGGUUUCAUGCCUCCUCGCGUCUCGCUGCAGGCCUAGAAGAGAGAGGGGGGAUCGAAUCAGCCGCUGAUUUGACCUCGCAAUUCGAGCUGCGAAAGCGAAACCAACCACCAAUCGAGGAGGAGGAGAUGAGCGGCGGCGGAGUGCCGGCGGCACAGCCGCAGGAGCUGCAGCUGCCGCCCGGAUUCCGGUUCCACCCGACGGACGAGGAGCUGGUGACGCACUACCUCUGCCGGCGCUGCGCCGGGCUGCCCAUCUCUGUGCCCAUCAUCGCCGAGAUCGACCUCUACAAGUACGACCCCUGGCAGCUCCCAAGGAUGGCGCUGUACGGCGAGAAGGAGUGGUACUUCUUCUCCCCGCGGGACCGCAAGUACCCGAACGGGUCGCGGCCGAACCGCGCCGCCGGCACGGGGUACUGGAAGGCCACCGGCGCCGACAAGCCGGUGGGCACGCCCAAGCCCCUGGCCAUCAAGAAGGCGCUCGUCUUCUACGCCGGCAAGGCCCCCAGGGGCGACAAGACCAACUGGAUCAUGCACGAGUACCGCCUCGCCGACGUCGACCGCUCCGCCCGCAAGAAGAACCACAGCCUCAGGCUAGAUGAUUGGGUGUUGUGCCGAAUCUACAACAAGAAGGGCGCGGCGGAGAAGCCGUCGUCCGGCUCCAGCGACGGGGCCAGGGCGAGCGGCAGCCACGGUGUGCAGGCGCCCAUGGCCAUGGGCUCGCCGCCGGAGCAGAAGCCAUCCGUGCUGCCGCCCCCCGCCGCCGGGGCCGGGUACGCGCCGCCGCCGUUCUCGGAGCUGGCGGCGUACUACGAGGUCCGGCCGUCGGACUCGAUGCCCCGGGCGCACGGCGCGGACUCGAGCUGCUCGGGGCACGCGCUGGCGGCCACCUCGUCCUGCGGCGGCGGCGGCGGCGAGCGGCCCGAGGUGCAGAGCCAGCCCAAGAUCGCCGAGUGGGAGCGCACGUUCGCGGGCGGCGCCGGCCCGGGCGUCAACCCGGCCGGUGCGUUGCUCGGCGGGCACCACCAGCUUGGCCCGGCGGCGGGCGGCGGCGGCGACCCGCUGCUCCAGGACAUCCUCACGUACUGGGGCAAGCCGUACUGAGGAAGGCCGGUGGCAGGUGGUGGUUACCAGUUGGGAUCGGGGUGGCUCGGCCUAGCUGCCGGCGAUGAGGCCGCGUGGAGCCCUGAUCGAGGACAGAGCAGGAACUCGAUCUGGUUAUAGCUACUGAGAGUGGAAUUAAGCUGUGUAUAUGCGAUUAAUCUUGGCGCUGGGAUUUUUGUGUACUUAUUAUUAGUAGUGUUACUAAUUAAUUUUGCUCUGCUCCUUAAUCAAGUUGGCCUGCUGCGAUA